UGACUUGUCACGUGACGGGCGAGCUACUACAAGCAGAAACGUUCAUACGGAGUAUAUACCAAAGUGAUUUUCUGCAAGAAAGGGUGCUGGCGAUAUUUCUCUUUUGGGAACUUCUCGAUUGCAAAAGACUUAAUCAUGUUUGGCAUGAUAAAGAAUAGCUUGUUUGGUGAAUAUGAGAACCGUCCAUGUCAGAUUCUGAACAGUGAGUCAAAGGAUGAACUCAACUAUGAGGAGAGGAGCUAUGAGGGAGGUAAAUUUGCCACUACAGAAGUGACUGGAAAACAGUUUGACGAUGCUCUGAAGGAAGCAAUGCCAAAAAUGAUGAAGUACAUGGGUGGAAUGAAUGACAAGGGUAUUGGUAUGGGGAUGUCUGUCCCUGUCUCCAUUACUGCUUUCCCAAAUGAGGAUAACAAAAGUCUUCAAAACAAAGUGAAGGUCUUGUUGUGGAUACCUUCAAAAUACCAAGCGGAGCCGCCCAAACCAACAGAUGAGAGCAUCAGCAUUGAGGAGAGGGAAGGGGUAACUGUUUAUACUACGCAAUUUGGAGGCUUUGCCAAAGAGAGUGAUUAUGCAAUGCAUGCUGCCAAGCUGCAGGAAGCACUUGGUGAAGGAGUAUCUUACCAUAAAGAUUUCUACUUCUGCAAUGGUUAUGACCCUCCAAUGAAACCAUAUGGACGCAGGAAUGAAGUUUGGCUAGUCAAGAAGGAAUAGCCUUUUGUUGCGAGACAUUUUUCAGCAGAACUUUCAGUAUAUGUUCUUGCUCUCAUGUCUACUUAGUGUGUUUGUCUUUGUUCUCCAGUCUGAAGAUUAUCUUCAUUGUGUUUAAUAAGGCACUGUUUGGUAAGCAUAAUGCACUACAUUAAUAUACAUUCCCUCUCUGUUUUCUUGCGUGCAGGUGUUUGCAUUUUAAUAUUUUAAAAUAAAUUAAUCCUUCUAUGGUCUUUUAGUACUCUGUGGCCUUUAACCUUCAUGUGUCAUGUGCCAAUAAAAAUGCAUUUCUCACCUGCUUCAAA